GAGGACACAGUAGGAUGAGGUCUUGCCUCAGUAUCUCUAUCAUUAGUGAAUAGCAAUAAAAGUACCUCUUAUCUUUUUUGUGAUGUGUAGACAAACGUAUAGUCUGAAGUACUUGUUUUACUGUUUGUCUACUAAAGGUGGUUGAUUCGAAAGAGUAGCGUGACCAUGCUGGUUCUAUUCGAGACUGCUGCAGGCUAUGCAGUGUUUAAAGUCCAUGAUGAAAAAGGUGUUAGUGAGAUUGAUGAUCUCGCAAAAGCCUUUGAAGAUACAGCAACAAUGAAUCAGCUAAUUCAGCUUGAGCGUUUUGUACAAUUCAAGGAUACCAAAGAUGCAUUAGUAGCUGCGUCGGACAUAGUCGAGGGAAAACUCUCCAAAAGAUUAAAAAAGCUCCUUAAAAAGUUGUACGUCAAAGAGCUGAGGGAUGAUGUUCUUGCUGUGGCUGAUAAAAAGUUGUCUAUUGACAUUAAUACAAAGAUGAGUAUUCCGACAGUUAGUGACUCCCUCGUGCAAAAUCUUAUGAGGGGUAUUCGUUGCCAUUUGGAUACUCUUCUACCGGUAGUUGAUGAGGGGCAUAUGUCAAGAAUGCGAUUAGGAUUGGCUCACAGUCUUGACAGAUACAAGUUGAAAUGCAACCCGGACAAGAUUGAUACAAUGAUAGUUCAAGCAGUCGGUCUGAUGGAUGAGUUAGACAAAGAGAUCAAUAACUACAUUAUGCGUGCUAAAGAAAUGUACGGUUGGCAUUUUCCCGAAUUGUCGAAAAUUGUUGUGGAUAAUAUUACUUAUGUAAAUGUCGUCAAACGAAUUGGUCAUAGAGUGAAUGCCAGUGUAGACCUAUCUGAUCUUGUAACCGAUGAUGUAGCUAGUCAGAUAAGGGAAGCUUCUAUUGUCUCCCUCGGAACAGAAGUCAUAGAUGAAGAUAUCGCGAUGAUCAAUGAAUUGUGUGAUCAAGUUAUAGAGGCUUCUAGUUCUCGAGCUCAACUACAUGAUUACCUCGUCAAAAGGAUGGUUGCAGUCGCUCCUAAUCUUACAUCACUUGUUGGCGAAUUGAUUGGGGCGAGGUUAAUUGCUCGUGCCGGGACGCUUGUCAAUUUAGCAAAACACCCCGCGUCAACAGUUCAAAUACUUGGAGCAGAAAAAGCAUUGUUUCGAGCUUUGAAAACACGACACAGCACACCGAAAUAUGGUUUGUUAUACCAUGCAAGUCUGGUGUCGCAAUCGGAUCUUGCUUUCAAAGGCAAAAUGUCCCGAAUGCUGGCAGCGAAAGCAUCAUUGUCUGCUCGUUUGGAUGCACUUGGUGAAGAAGGGGCUGACACAGAAAUGGGUCUUCGAGCUAGAGCCUAUUUGGAGAAGCGACUUCGACAGCUCGAAGCUGGAACGUUCAAUCCAAAAUUAUCUGGUAUAAAACGUCAUAUAAAAUCAGAAGACGGUCAACCACAACCGAAGAAAAUUAAAGUGGACGAGUAAUGUAUGAGUAAUAUAUUGUACAUAUUUUUUCCCGAAAAAAAUAUAUUUUAUUUGCACUGUAA